AUGAAGUUGUCGAUUCGAAAUAUUCAAACAGUUGCCCACGGCCAUUAUUAUCAUUCUAGACGAACGGCACAACCGAGUGUUGUUCAAUAUUCUAUGUUAAAUGUUUCAUGCCCAUCUGGCACUUAUUGCACAAUAUCGUCUCUCGAUAGGCUCAAACGUUCAGCCUCAUCACGAUACAAAAAAUAUCGAAAAAAUCUAGCAUUUCAUCAGUUAAUAAAACAAAAUAAUUCACAAAUAAAUUCACUCAAUAAUACAAUACAACCAUGGCUAUGA